CGCAGUCGCUCCAGGGCGCCCAGACCGGGAUGGCGGCGGUUUUGGAGUCGCUGCUGCGAGAGGAGGUGUCGGUGGAAGCAGCGGUACGGUGGAUCGCGCGCAGCACUCAGAGUUCGGAGGAUGACCCUGGGGAGGCAGCCGCUCUGAGCUCACUCCGGCCACUACGGAAAGAAUUCGUCCCGUUCCUGCUGAACUUCCUGAGAGAGCAGAGCAGCCGCGUCCUCCCACAGGGCCCUCCAACCCCCGCCAAGGCCCCGGGCGCCUCGGCAGCCUUGCCAGGGAGGCCGGGAGGCCCUCCGCGGGGUAGCCGUGGAGCGCGCAGCCAGCUCUUCCCUCCCACCGAACCCCCGAGCACCGCUGCCGAGGCCCCUCCAGGCCGCCGCGGGGGCAGGAGGCGGUGCCCCGGGCCGGCCCGGGAGCGAGGAGGCCGCGGCCCGGGAGCAGCCGAAGAGGGGGUCAGCGGGGAGAGCCCGCCCUGGGCCGGCGGCCGGAGGCCUAGAGGCUCCGGCAGCCCCAGCCUGGCGCUCUCUGAUCCACCAAACCUCAGCAACCUGGAGGAGUUCCCUCCCGUAGGCUCGGUUCCCCCCGGCCCUACAGGCAGGACGAAGCCUUCACGCAGGAUCAACCCAACUCCGGUGAGCGAAGAGCGGUCACUUUCCAAGCCCAAGACCUGCUUCACCUCACCCCCAAUCAGCUGUGUCCCCAGUUCCCAACCCUCAGCCCUGGACACUAGCCCUUGGGGCCCAGGCCUUCCCCCAGGGUGCAGAAGUCUGCAAGAAGAGCGGGAGAUGCUCAGGAAGGAGCGCUCCAAGCAGCUGCAGCAGUCACCUGUCCCCACCUGUCCCACCCCAGAAUCGGGAUCACCAAUUCCUACCCGGACAGGGAACCUCACAGAUGAAGCUGCUAACCCUGCGCGAGUGUCUUCCCGGCAGCGCCUGGAACUGGUAGCCCUUGUCUACUCCUCGUGCAUUGCUGAGAACCUGGUUCCAAACCUCUUCUUGGAGCUUUUCUUCGUCCUUCAGCUCCUUACUGUCCGGAGGAUGGUCACUGCCAAGAACAACAACCUUGAACCGAGUCCAGAUGCCCUAGACUCUGUGGAAACCCCACUGUUCCAGAACAUCCACGAUUGUGUCUUCUUCGCAGUGCGAGUUUUGGAACGUCAGUUUCAGGUCCUUUCCCACCUGGACAAAGGGACCUUAAAGCUGCUUGCUGAGAAUGAGCGGCUGCUGUGCUUCUCACCAGCUCUGCAAGGCCACCUUCGAGCUGCCUAUGAAGGCAGUGUUGCCAAGGUCUCUCUAGCAAUGCCACCCUCUGCUCAAGCUGUCUCCUUCCAGCCAGAGACGGACAAUCGUGCCAACUUCUCCAGUGACCGAGCCUUUCAUACUUUUAAAAAACAGAGGGAUGUGUUUUAUGAGGUGCUUCGAGAAUGGGAAGAUCGUCAUGAGGAGCCUGGCUGGGACUUUGAGAAGGGCUUAGGCAGCAGGAUCAGAGCCAUGAUGGGUCAACUCUCCGCAGCCUGCAGCCACAGCCACUUUGUUCGACUUUUCCAAAAACAACUUCUCCAGAUGUGUCAGCACCCUGAUGGUGUUGGGGGUCCUGUCUUGGGCGAAGCUCCAGAUGUGCUGAGCAUGCUGGGAGCUGACAAGCUGGGGCGAUUACGGCGCUUACAAGAACGGCUUGUGGCCCCUCAGAGCAGUGGGGGGCCUUGCCCGCCCCCCACCUUCCCAGGCUGUCAAGGCUUCUUUAAGGACUUCAUUCUUAGUGCCAGCAGCUUCCAGUUUAACCAGCAUCUCAUGGAUAGUCUGAGCUUGAAGAUCCGGGAGCUCAACAGCCUGGCCCUGCCUCAGCACGAGCCAAGUGAUGAUGGGGAGUCAGAUGUGGACUGGCAGGGUGAAAGGAGGCAAUUUGCUGUGGUGCUGCUUAGCCUGAGGCUUUUGGCUAAAUUCCUGGGCUUUGUGGCUUUCCUGCCUUACCGGGGGCCUGAACCACCCCCGACCGGUGAGCUUCAGGACUCCAUUCUGGCCCUCAGGAGCCAGGUCCCUCCAGUCCUGGAUGUGCACACUCUGCUGCAGCAGGGGCUGUGGGCCCACCGCGCAGUGCUCACUGUGCCCUGGGUGGUGGAGUUCCUUUCCUUUGCUGACCACGUUGUGCCCUUGCUGGACUAUUACCGGAGCAUCUUUACUCUCCUACUGCACCUACAUCGGAGCUUGGUCUUAUCGCAGGAGAAUGAAGGGGAGAUGUGUUUCCUGAACAAGCUGCUGCUGCUUGCUGUCCUGGGCUGGCUUUUCCAGAUUCCCAUAGUCCCUGAGGACCUGUUCUUUUUGGAAGAGCAUCAGCUGGAUACCUUUGAGGCAGACACCGUAGCCUCCGAGCAUGGCUUGGACCGUGUGCCUGUGGUGGACCAGCAGCUACUCUACACCUGCUGUCCCUACAUUGGAGAGCUCCGGAAAUUGCUUGCUUCGUGGGUAUCUGGCAGCAGUGGAAGGAGUGGGGGCUUUGUGAGGAAAAUCACGCCCACCACCACCACCAGCCUGGGAGCCCAGCCUCCCCAGCCUCCCCAGGGGCUGCAGGCACAGCUGGCCCAGGCCUUCUUCCACAACCAACCACCCUCCCUGCGCAGGACUGUGGAGUUUGUGGCAGAGAGAAUCGGAUCGAACUGUGUCAAACAUAUCAAGGCCACACUGGUGGCAGAUCUGGUGCACCAGGCAGAAUUACUUCUCCAGGAGCAGCUGGUGACGCAGGGACAGGAUGGGGGUGAUCCAGCUCAGCUGUUGGAGAUCUUAUGUUCCCAGCUGUGCCCCCACGGGACCCAGGCAUUGACCCAGGGGCGGGAGUUUUGCCAAAGGAAGAGCCCUGGGGCUGUGCGUGCCCUACUUCCCGAGGAGACCCCGGCAGCAGUUCUAAGCAGUGCAGAAAACAUUGCCGUGGGGCUUGCCACAGAGAAAGCCUGUGCUUGGUUGUCGGCUAACAUCACAGCACUGAUUAGGAGGGAGGUGAAGGCAGCAGUGAGUCGCACACUCCGAACCCAGGGUCCUGAGCCUGCUGCCUGGGGGGAGCGGAGGGGCUGCUCCCGCGCCUGUGAGCACCACGCUCCCCUCCCCUCCCACCUCAUCUCCGAGAUCAAAGACGUGCUCUCCAUGGCUGUGGGGCCUCGGGACCCUGAGGAGGGAGUGACCCCAGAGCACCUGGAGCAGCUCUUAGGCCAAUUGGGCCAGACGCUGCGGUGCCGCCAGUUUCUGUGCCCACCUGCUGAGCAGCAUCUGGCAAAGUGCUCUGUGGAGUUAGCAUCCCUCCUUGUUGCAGACCAAAUUCCUAUCCUAGGGCCCCCAGCACAGCAAAGGCUGGAGAGGGGGAAGGCGCGGAGGCUUCUGCACAUGCUGCUCUCCCUGUGGAAGGAUGACUUCCAAGGGCCAGUUCCACUCCAGCUGCUGCUGAGCCCAAGAAAUGUGGGGCUUCUGGCAGACACACGGCCAAGGGAGUGGGAUCUAUUGCUGUUCCUGCUCCGGGAGCUGGUCGAGAAGGGUCUGAUGGGACGGACGGAAAUCGAGGCCUGCCUGGGCAGCCUCCAUGAGGCCCAGUGGCCAGGGGACUUCUCUGAAGAAUUAGCAACACUAUUUAACCUGUUUUUGGCAGAGCCCCACCUGCCAGAACCCCAGUUGAGAGUUUGUGAGCUGGUGCAGCCAAACCGGGGGGCUGUGCUGGCCCAGAGCUAGGACUGGAAAGGGGGCCUGCCUUGAGUGUCUCACCACAGCUCUGGAACCCUGCCUGGGCCUCAGCAGGAGGCCUGAGAGCCCAGCGCCACCCCUGGUGCCCAGUGCUGGGCGUCACUGGCAUGAGUAGCAGGGUCUAGAACUAGAACUCCUCCUCAGAGGUGAAGCAAACGUGGGGCUGCUUGGCAUCCCACUGACUGCAGGCUUCCCACCCGAAUCCUCAAGGAAGGAGCAUUCACCUGAUUCAGGAUUAUGGUGGAAAAGCCUAGAGACUCCAGUUCUGGAGUAGAAGAGUUGGCAUUCAUCACUCAGAUACUAAAUGAGGAGUGGGCCUGUGGACAUAGGAGUCGAGCCUCACUUGCUGCUGUCCCAGCAUCUCUUAAGACUAUGGUCUGGGAAAUCAUGACAGAGGUAUAUGACGUCUGCUUAACUUGUGAGGAAAGUUAAAGCAUGAAGCUUGGGAGUUGCAUUUUUUUAACCACCAGGAGCUGAACUGCCAUCUCCUUAAAAAUGCACAACAGAUAAGGUAGGACUCACCCAACUAAAAUCUGGCUUUACCCCUGUACCCUCAGCUGCUGUGCAGGUAGGAACUCUGUAGGCCCCUAUCUCUGUCCCAGGACCAAGAACAGGGCAGAAUAUUAGAGCUUUUGAAAAUAAACUGUUUCCUUUAAUAAGGGCUUGCUGUUUAGUUAUUUUCACCUGUCUUAGAGGUGGGCUUUCUCUGUGUCCUACAAAAGUGAGCUGCUUGGCCUUACUAAUGCCUGGAGGCUCUAUUCUACAGAGCCUGUCUCUGCUAUUAAUUUACUGCCAUUUUUUCCUGGACACAGUGAUUUUUAAUCCAUGUGCCAUGAAAAGUAAAAUCUUUAAAUUGUGUUCAAAAAAGUUCAAAGCACAGUAAGUAUAUAUUUUUUACUUUUUUUUUUUUUUUUAAAUCAAGAGUGCCACAGAAUUUUAACUAUACAUUCAAGCAUGCCGUGAGAUAAAAAAGAUUGAAAAACACUGCCUGGGCAAAUCUUUUCAUAUGUGGGAGAAAGGUUUAGGAGAAUUUAUGGUUUCUACUCACAAGAUACGUCUACUGAACCAGUGGUAGGGCAGCUCUUAUGUUUGUUUUGUUAGGGUGGAGGUGUUUGUUUUGGCUCAGAAUUGGUCUGUAUUCUAUUCCUGAUUAUAACUGUCAAGGCCACAUAUCCAAAUGAACAAUUAAUUUUGACUAAGUGGUAAUAAAAUUCCCUAGAGGGAUCCACUUGUGUGGCCAUAGUAAAAGCAGGAAGUUAAUCCCAGCAACCCAGAAAGCUGGGAGUGUUUGUGAUCGUACUAAAUAUAUUAUGCCUUUCCUUUCCCUCUGCUCAUCCCAGUCAUUCCUCUGACAAGUUUGUGCAUCCAAACCUUUUUCCUUUAAAUCCAAUGUGUUUUGAAUGCCUGGGAACCAUAAAAGUUUUAAGAAAUGUUUUCUCUUUCUGUGCCCAGAGACAGAACCACACCCCAUGCCCCCGGAAGCUGAGGCUUUUGGCUACUUUUUGAUUUGUUCCAGAGGACCCAGCUGAGGUGUGACAUGGGACCAGCAGGAGAGGAAAACCUAAGUACUAAAGAUUUUGGGACUGAAUUCUUGGGGCUGUAAACCAGCCCCAGCUUAAGGCCCACUGAGCUAAAACCAAGUUCUUGGGAAUCUCAAUGGAAAUUUAACAUUCUGAUGAAAGAAACUCCUGCUAGCCUGUGUGCACCUUAAAAGCUACACUAAGGAUUAUGGAGACAGGCAGCUAAUGAACCAGAGAACUAAUCAGAUUCCUUUCUUAUAUGUCUGCUCUCUGUUAUCUAAACCAGCAGCUUUUACAGUGUGGUUCACAAACUAGCAACCUCUGUGUCACCUGGGCCCCCUCUCCAGGCCUACUGAAUCAGCAACUUGAGGUAAGGCCCAGCCUCCAGUAUUAUCACGGCCUUUGGGUGAUUAAGAUGUGUGCUAAAGUUUGAGAACCACCCAUCUAAACCAAAAGCUGGCCUCACUUUAACAUUUUGCUACAAGGUCAGUUAAUACUCUCACUUAACAGUCAGGUCUGGUGUGUGGUUUCUCUAGUAAGGGGGAUACACUCACCUGGGUUAUCUACCCAUUCAGACUCCCGUAGCUGGCUCUGCCUCAGAAUCCCAGAGCACUGUAGUCAUAGGCAACUGUUUUGGAAUCCUCCCUCCUUGUCUCACUUGGGCUAUAGUUGGGCAUUUAAUCUAGUUGCUAUGUACCUUGCAAAGAGUGCCAAGCUCGCAGGAAACAACUCAGUGCACGCUUGAAACUGGGCCACGAGUGGGUAUUGCCAGCAUGAUCUCCACACCCUAAAUCCUGCUGAGCUCAAGUAACACGCUCAGGUUAUUCUAGGAUAGUCGUCACACCAGGUGAAAGUACACACAGGACUUACAAUUUACAAAUAUCCUGACCUUUUUGGUCAGUAGUCUUAAAGGUUUAUAUGAAAAGAGGUGGGAGUACAUAAAUAGGUUGUUAAAUAUAUCAAAUGUCACCAAAAAAAUUAACCAGAAAAAUAAAACUUUAAAAGCAAUUUAAAAAUCUUCUGAUGAAUACAUAAAUAUCUUAAUCCGAGGUAAGAGAAAAAAAUACCUGCAUACACUUUUAGAAAAAUAAAUCUCUGCUACACUAUACAGAAAUUUACCCUUUUACCCUAUCUUCUCAAUCUCCAUAUGCUUCCACCAAAGAUUCUGGGCACCAGAACUAAAGAUGGGAAUCUCUUCCACCCCUACCAUGACCAGGUAAACAUACCAAAUAUUCAGAGCAUACAUUCAGCCAGGCUAAGGUACAAGAAAACACUGAAUCCACUUUCCAUCCCAUCCUAACAUAGGUGGGACCAGAACAUCAUCGUGGAAUGCUUGAGACACCACCUCAGAAUGAGAGGAGGCAAGGUAUGGAACUGUGCUUCCUCCUAACAAGUCCCUUACCUCCUCCGGGAGUUCUUUUUCUCUCUCAUCUUCUAAAGGACAGUUUCGAAUGUCUUUAACUUCUACAUUGUCAUCAACCAGCAUCUGGCUGCCACCCUCCCUGACCAGUCCUCAAAUAGCUAAGUCCCCUUUGCUGACCCCAGAUCUGUCCCAUCUGGUUGCACAAUGGUCUCCCAUUUUACUGAGCCCUACAGCAACAGCUUCAUACAAGAGCAUCACUUGACACUCUUGACUCUGAUGCAGAGACUCAUAUGUCCUCCUGGAAGGGCAACGAAAAGGGAGAGAAUAAGCAAAAAUUCUGAAUAAUGAGGCAUUUUGCAAAAAUUCAAAAGGGAGAAAAGAUUCUGAAUCAGUGUUCUGGUUUGUGCAGCUGUUUUUUUAAACCCUUUUUCUGUUUGGUAUGUUCUAAUACUCUAUCACACAGUGAAGCUGGGUGCUGGAGGCAGGUUCAGAGCAAUCUUGGCCAGGGACUGCUUGCCUCCCUACCAGCCUGAGGAGGUGCCCAGCUCUGCUGGCUGUGUGCAGUCUUGGUUCUUGAGUGGCUUGUCUGCCAUAGAGUCCCAAAGACAGAAAUAAAGAUGAGACAUCCAAAAAGUGAGCUGAGCUUCAUGCAGUCUGGACAGCCAGGGCCAGGAGCUCAGGCUGCUCGCUCUGCAGGUGCCAGCUGUGACCCAGAAUUGCUGGGGCUCUGCUGGCAACCCUGGGCCAGUGCUGUCUGCCUAACUGGCCACAGCCUUGGCUUUUCUUGCAUCAGGGAACAGAAGGUGACACAGAGCUGCCAAGUGUCUCUGAAGCAUCCUGGGCCUGUGUCUUUAGCAGCACCAUCCUGACGG